UAUUUCAGAACAGAAUCUUGUUACCGCUGUGUUGUGAUUCAUGAAAAACAUAUCAACGUCCUUCAGUAUAAAGAAACUUACUGCUCCUUACCUAGUGAACAACCGAGGUUGGAAGAUUUAUGUUUACAAAUAAGUGGAGAUGCCUUGCUCUAUUCCAUGUUUAGACUGGAGACUCCUCCAGUCCCCUGUCCGUUUCGAGGGUCCUUCACGUUUACCUACAGUCGAGGACACGGUGAAUGUGACUACCCGGUAUCCACUGCUGAUCCUUGCACUGAUGAAUCUCGAAUGCUUUUUAAGUUUAAAGCUUGUGCUAGUGUCAUUACAUCGGAGAGUAGAGAGGAGAGAUUAACGUGUUUGGCUUCAUGGAAAGAAGGGUCGACCCGCUACCUGGUGGGUAAAAUGGAACACAAAGGAACGAAAACAGAUGACGACAAAUUUCGCUGUUUUGUCUACGACAGGAUGCAAGACAAUACCGGUUUCAGAAUAGCUCAGUCUGGUGACGCAACCUGUGACGGCUUGUUUUCGGCCAUCGAAGGAUCCCGUACUAUGAAACUUACACGAAUUCGUCAUCCUCACGGAAAAUGUCACUUUCCAAAUUGGAUCUCCGCAGCAGACCGGUGGAGGACACUUGACACCUCGUGGACCUAUGUGUUUAGUGACCCCAUUACGUCUUUCCACGUGUAUAACAGUACCAGCGAGGGGCUACAAACACGGGCUGUUUGUAACAGUGUUGAUCAGGCAACUGACGAUGCUACACGAUUUGUCGUACAGACUACAUCUCUUUGCAAAACGGGUUUUGUCUGUAUGAAAGUGCAUCGCCGUACCCAGCAAAUUAUGGAAAUUCAACAAGGUUUAAUGACUUCUCGUUCUUCUGAUGCCUGCACUUCCGUCUACUUUGAUUCAAGAACUAGUCUGUUUACCACACUUACUUCAUCGGCUCCAUCAACAGGAGAAUGCCCUCUAGUGGGAAGAUAUAUGAUUCAUUCCCCCCAGCCCCAAAUGGAUAGAUUUGUCUCCGACGGAUUGGAGGAUAACGUUUGUUCUGAACAUCUUGAGUCCGGCUGUAGGGCGAUUGAUCGUCUGGAAUUCCUCAGCGAAUGCUCGUCUGAAAGAAGAGCUAAAAGUUUCCAGUGUCAUGGCAGUUGGAAAGAAAAUGGAACUUAUUACCUCAUUGCUAGUGCACUCAGGACUCGGAGAAGAUAUUGCAUCGUAAGUUGUUCUUGCUCGUCUCGUGAAACCAAGCAGUCAGUUUGUGGGUCUGAAUAUGAAGAAGGUUCUUUGGAUCAGAUCGAACUUAGCUAGCUGUCAGUGUAUUCACGAAUCGUGAUCUUUAUGUUUAGAGU